GCGCGCGCGGCAGCCCCGCGGCAGCAGAGCGCCGAGCGGGCGGCGAGCGGAGCGCGGGCGGGCGGCCGCGGCGGCGAGGGAGGGCUGGAGCGCGGACGGCCGGCGCGCGGCGCGGCUGCCAUGGGCGUGCAGUGACCGGCCGCUCAGGGCGACGUCCUCGGCAGCGCGGCGCUCGCGCGGAGCUCCCUGGCUGGCGGUGCGUCUCCUCGGUCACCAUGAAAGACGACUUCGCAGAGGAGGAGGAGGUGCAGUCCUUCGGUUACAAGCGGUUUGGUAUUCAGGAAGGAACACAAUGUACCAAAUGUAAAAAUAACUGGGCACUGAAGUUUUCUAUCAUACUAUUGUAUAUUUUGUGUGCCUUGCUAACAAUCACAGUAGCCAUUUUGGGAUAUAAAGUUGUAGAGAAAAUGGACAAUGUCACAGGUGGCAUGGAGACAUCACGCCAAACCUAUGAUGACAAGCUCACAGCAGUGGAAAGUGACCUGAAAAAAUUAGGGGACCAAACUGGAAAGAAAGCUAUAAGCACCAAUUCAGAACUUUCCACCUUCAGAUCAGACAUUCUGGACCUCCGCCAGCAACUUCGUGAGAUUACAGAGAAGACCAGCAAGAACAAAGAUACGCUGGAGAAGUUACAGGCAAGUGGGGACGCGCUGGUGGACAGGCAGAGUCAACUGAAAGAAACUUUGGAGAAUAACUCUUUCCUCAUCACCACUGUAAACAAAACCCUCCAGGCGUAUAAUGGCUAUGUCACGAAUCUGCAGCAAGACACCAGCGUGCUCCAGGGCAAUCUGCAGAAUCAAAUGUAUUCUCAUAGUGUGGUCAUUAUGAACCUCAACAACCUGAACCUGACCCAGGUGCAGCAGAGAAACCUUAUCACUAAUCUGCAACGGUCUGUGGAUGACACAAGUCAGGCUAUCCAGCGAAUCAAGAACGACUUCCAAAAUCUGCAGCAGGUUUUCCUUCAAGCCAAGAAGGACACCGAUUGGCUGAAGGAGAAAGUACAGAGCUUGCAGACGCUGGCUGCCAACAACUCUGCCUUGGCCAAAGCCAACAACGACACCCUGGAGGAUAUGAACAACCAGCUCAGCUCAUUCACAGGGCAGAUGGACAACAUCACCACUAUCUCUCAGGCCAACGAGCAGAACCUGAAAGACCUUCAGGACUCACACAAGGAUGCGGAGAAUAGAACGGCCAUCAAAUUCAGCCAACUGGAGGAACGCUUCCAGCUCUUUGAGACGGAUAUUGUGAACAUCAUUAGCAACAUCAGUUACACAGCCCACCACCUGCGGACGCUGACCAGCAAUCUGAAUGAAGUCAGGACCACUUGCACGGAUACCCUAACCAAACACAUGGAUGAUCUGACCUCCUUGAAUAAUACCCUGGCCAACAUCCGUUUGGAUUCUGUUUCUCUCAGGAUGCAACAAGAUAUGAUGAGGUCGAGGUUAGACACUGAAGUGGCCAACUUAUCGGUAAUUAUGGAAGAAAUGAAGCUGGUGGACUCCAAGCAUGGUCAGCUUAUCAAGAAUUUUACAAUACUCCAAGGUCCUCCUGGCCCCAGGGGUCCAAAAGGUGACAGAGGAUCCCAGGGACCCCCUGGCCCAACUGGCAACAAGGGACAGAAAGGAGAGAAGGGGGAGCCUGGCCCUCCUGGCCCUGCAGGGGAGAGAGGCCCGAUCGGACCCGUCGGCCCCCCUGGAGAGCGCGGCGGCAAAGGCUCCAAAGGCUCGCAGGGCCCCAAAGGCUCCCGUGGGUCCCCCGGGAAGCCUGGCCCUCAGGGCCCCAGUGGGGACCCAGGCCCUCCAGGCCCACCGGGCAAGGAUGGACUCCCCGGCCCACAGGGCCCUCCCGGCUUCCAGGGACUGCAGGGCACAGUGGGGGAGCCUGGGGUGCCUGGACCUCGGGGGCUGCCAGGCUUGCCUGGGGUGCCAGGCAUGCCGGGCCCCAAGGGACCCCCCGGCCCGCCAGGCCCAUCAGGGGCAGUGGUGCCCCUGGCCCUGCAGAACGAGCCGACUUCAGCACCCGAGGCGAACGGCUGCCCGCCUCACUGGAAGAACUUCACAGACAAAUGCUACUAUUUUUCGGUUGAGAAAGAAAUUUUCGAGGAUGCAAAACUUUCCUGUGAAGACAAGUCUUCACAUCUCGUUUUCAUAAACACGAGAGAAGAACAGCAAUGGAUAAAGAAGCAGAUGGUAGGCAGAGACAGCCACUGGAUCGGCCUCACGGACGUGGAGCGUGAAAAUGAAUGGAAGUGGCUGGAUGGGACGUCUCCAGACUACAAAAAUUGGAAAGCUGGACAGCCAGAUAACUGGGGUCACGGCCACGGGCCAGGAGAAGACUGCGCUGGGUUGAUUUACGCCGGGCAGUGGAACGAUUUCCAAUGUGAAGAUGUGAAUAACUUCAUUUGCGAAAAAGACAGGGAGACAGUACUAUCAUCCUCAUUAUAAUGGACUGUGAUGUAAUAUCAUGAACACAUGUUCAGACAGCUCGCAAAGGCAAUGGAUGCUUCUUUCUGAUUGCAUCACCUUCUCACCAGAUUGGGGAAAAAGCACUGAAAACCAAUUACUGAAAAAAAUUGACAGCUAGUGUUUCUUACCAUCUGCCAUUACCCAAGGACUUGGGAACUAAAAUGUUCCCCCAGUGUGAUAUGCUGACUUUUAGUGUGCACGUGGACUGAAUCACAUAGAUUUUUCUCAGCCAGUAACCAUGCAGUUAUACAAAUUAUAUCUUCCAGAGUAUGGAAUGCUCCAAUCAGAAGAAGACCAUGAGUGGUUGUUGAGCUAUAGGAAGAACUUAAGCAUAUGCUGUGUAAACAGUACCUUACAUUUCUAAAAUCCCAAAUGUAGGAAAAAUAUGCAGACAUACAGAUAUAUAGACCAACUUUUAGUAAUAAUAUGAAAUAUACUUAAAGAGCUUUUAAAACUUUGUAUUUUUGUACAAAAUAUUUGCCUUUUACCAUUAUUUUCCUUUUUUUUUUUUUGUCAUUUUACCGAUAUAAUACAUGGAGCCAAAGAAAACAAUAAUGGUACUAAUAAAAAUUCAUAGGGUUUUUUUUGUCAAAUUUAAUUCUA